CUGAUGGUGAAGGGGUUGUUUAGUAAAUCUUUCUCCUUUAAGGAUCCCAUUAUCAGAGACCAUUUGAAAAUACCAGUUUCUUUUUGUCUUUUGGGGGAGAUACUAGGCUUCAUCGAGUCAGCCAAGUUUGAUGAUUAUUCUCUGGAUCAGAUUUAGGAAUAGGCCUUGGAUAUUUUGAAUCACCUUUCCAUGGAGCACAGAGAUGAUGAUGAUGAUGAUGAUGUAUCAUUUGCCAGAUGGAUGAGCAGCUUCUGGGGUCACAGCUGGAUAGAGGAGGAUGAGAGAAGUCUCCGGGACCGCCAUGGAUCACAAGAUACCAGUUACAGGAAAGCUUCCCUGCCUUGCCCGUUUCCUGUGCUUCCCAGAGUCACAUCAUCUGACAGUCAUCCUCGAAGGCAUUCUCACGAGGACCAGGGACUUCAGUGUCGUACCCACUUGAGGAAUUACAGAAAAUGCUCAGAGGAUGGCUCAUUCAAGGAGCCGCUGGAAUCAAAAAGAAGCUCCCAUUCCAAAAUGCAGGCAUUUUUAGGGCCCUUUGAAGAGCAAGUGUGCUUCAGAACCAAACGCUCUGUCUCUUUGGGACCUGAGAGCAGAAAGGAAAGAAACGAAAGAGAAUGCCUGUGCAUGGAGAUGAGGUCCCGCAGGAAGGCGGAGGAAAGAAGGAGCUCCGGGAGGGAAGAGCAUGGAGAAGCGUGCAUGGCUCCUCUCCUUGAAAAAGGACCCAAAUAGUACUUAGUCUUCAUGUCAGGACUGCAGAUACUGCUGUGGUUUUGAGUCCCGUUUGCUGUGCGGAGGGCGGUAGCUGUGCACGUGUCUGCAGAUGCUGAGUGAUGCAAGUGGGCGGUGGGUUCCGCUGCUCCCCAAGAAGACACCCACCGUACUCCAGCUGCUUUGGCAUCUUUGUUGAGAGUUUGAUCUGCUUUGUUGCCCUUUUAUGGGAAUAGGAAGAACAAAAGGUAUUUUAAUAGAACAAGUAAUUCUUGAAAAUGUAAAGAAAGAUAUUUCAAGAGCCACCAACAAUCUUCAACCCUUCCUCCACAUCAACAUCUCAAAUAAUCUUAAAUAAACGUCAUUGGUGUGACUCUAAGUUGACUUCCUUAUUGGAAGUAAUUAUGUGAGUAAGACUAAUGGUCAGCGUUGGAUGAGAACUGGUAAUUAAUAUGCCAAGUACUAGGCUGAGGUCUUUAAUGCAUUACCUAGAACAAUCCUCACCACUCCAAGGCAGGAGCCAUUCCUCCCUCCACUUGCUGGCUGAGGAAACUGAUGUUUAGAAAAGUUCAGGGCCUCACAGGUGAAGUGGCUGGUUCACUCUGGCUCAUGCUCCUAACCUGAGGCAGGGCUCCCAUUUCCCCUUAGCAGUGGGUCCAACUUCGUAAGCGUGUGAAGUGUGUGAGGGCUGAGCAAGAGCGGGAGAAGGUUACCAUUUUGAUUACAUGAGUGGUGACUGAUUUUCUGAGGUCUGCUGUGUGCUCUUGGUUAUCACUUUAUGAGGUCAGAUUCUCUUAUACUUAUUUA